ACCAGGGACUAAGAAACAAUAUAACACGCAUAUCAAAAGGUGGUUUCAGUACUGUAGUGAAAGGGAAACAUCUCCAAUUUUACCAACGCUGGAAACAGUAGUCAAAUUUUUAACAUUCCAAUAUUCAAACGGUCUAGGAUAUGAAAGUUUAAACACAGCAAAAGGAGCUCUCUCGGCACUAGGUUUACAGUUCGAUGGUUUUAGAGUAGAGAAUCAUCCACUGAUUAUACGAUACAUGAAAGGAGUUUUUGCAUCUAGACCUUCCAAACCUAGAUAUACAUAUAUCUGGGAUGUAGAUAUAGUGUUGUUGUAUUUAAAGAAACUUUCACCAGUGAAACAUUUAUCUUUAAAGGAUCUCACUUUAAAGCUAGUAAUGCUUAUGGCCUUGACUCAAGCUGCACGUGUACAUACGUUACAUUUGUUGAACUUUAAAUGUAACAAAAAGUUGAAGUCUGAAUAUGUGUUACAAUUUAAUGGGCAUCUUAAGCAAAGCAGGCCCGGACAUAAUGUUGUAUGUGUUUCGUUUAGAGCUUAUCCUCCAGAUAGGAGAUUAUGCGUUUAUACUGUUUUGAAAGAAUAUCUUUCCCGUACUAGUGUGCUCAGACACAAUGGUAAUUCUGGAAAGUUUUUUAUGAGUUAUGUCAAACCACACGCAACUGUAACUAGAGACACCAUCUCGAGAUGGAUAAAGACAGUUAUGCGUAGAGCUGGAAUAAAUGUAAAGGAUUUCAGUUCACACAGUGUUAGAUCUGUGGUGACAUCAAAAGCAAGUACAUCAGCAGUACCUAUAGCGGACAUUCUUACUAAAGCGGGAUGGUCAAGAGAAAGUACAUUUAGAAAGUUUUACGACAAACCAGUGUUAAACAGAAGUGACAAGUUCCAAGAAGGAAUCUUGUGAUGUAGAUAGUGUUUUUGUCACAUUCUGCUUUAAAGUCUCAGUAAAGCGUUCGAUAGUGUACCGCAUCGUAGACUUCUGAAGAAGGUGGAAUCAUAUGGAAUAUCAGGAAAAAUACUAGUUUGGCUUCAAAGUUUCCUGACUGAUCGCUAGCAACGUGUUGUAUUGAAUGGCCAUAAAUCAAACUGGAAUUCAGUUAUAUCCGGAAUACCUCAAGGAUCUGUCCUGGGACCAAUUUUAUUUAUAAUCUUUGUAAACGAUCUACCUGAUGUAGUAAGAAGUAUAUGUAAGAUGUUUGCUGAUGACUGCAAAAUUUAUACUCCUCUUUCUUCGAGAGUGGAUCAACAACAUCUUCAAGAAGAUAUAGAUAACCUGUGUCAAUGGAGUAAGGACUGGCUUUUAAAAUUUAAUGUGCAGAAGUGUAAAGUAGUUUCUUUUGGUCGCAAAAGAGUUGAUACCAACUACCAUAUGACUGACAGAGAUGGAAAUAUACAACAGCUUAAAAAGGAAGACUCUGAGAAGGAUUUAGGAGUACUUUUUACUGAAAGUUUGAGUUUUGAAAAGCACAUCAGUAAUACUUUGAACAAAGCCAACAUGAUUAUUGGAUUAAUAAGAAGAAAGUUUACUCAUAUUGACAAUACUCUAUUCCUGACCUUAUACAAAUCACUGGUCAGAUCGCAUCUGGAUUAUGGAAACCUGAUAUAUUUCCCAAUAACAAAGAAGUGUAAACAGGUGAUUGAAAACGCUCAGAGAAGAGCAAUUAGAUUAAUUCCGGAUUUGAGGGGAUUGACUUACAACGAUCGCCUACGAAAAAUAAACCUCCCAUCUUUAGACUUUAGAAGGAAAAGAUUCAACAUGAUUCAAGAGUUUAGAAUAGUACACAAUAUUGAUGACAUUAGUAUGACAACAUUUUUCACCUUUGCUGACAAUAGUGGUACCAGAGGACACAAUUUGAAAUUAUUUAAACCUAAAGCAAGGAAAUCAUUACGUCAAAAUUCUUUCAGCAAUCGUAUAGUUUCAACUUGGAAUAAUUUGCCACAUGAAUUAGUGAACACCACAUCUGUGAAUGCCUUCAAGGCAGGUCUUGAUAAACUUUGGAAAAACAAACGGUUUGAUACUUCUGAAGUAUAUUAAGUCAUACCGAAGGCGGAGAACUUACAGACGAAGCAGUUUAAAGGGAUUUACUAGCCUUUUAGGGCUAAAGAAGUUCCCUAGACGACAAAAGGUAGACGAUAAAGCCCUAAGCUAUUACAAGGUGACAGAUGGAAGUAAGCUAUACCUGAUGCUGAAGCGGCCAGGAGGAGGCAUGACACCAGCCACCUGCUCCUCUACCCCCUCACAUUCCCCCGGCACCACCUCACACAUGGACCUGCAGUCACAGGAGGAUACAUAUACAGUGACACGCCAUAAUGACCCAACUGGAUUUUGGAGAAAACUGCACACCUUUCUGAAGAGACAUUUCACAGAGAGAGAUGCUGCUAGGGUUAUCAAAGAAUUUGAAAAGCAAUUUGAUUGUGGAAUAAACAGUCUAAGCUUGGAUGAUAUAGAACGGCUAGCAUCACGGCAACUUCACCCCACUCUGGGCUACAGUGAACAGCCAAUCUCUUGAUGUAGCUGUACAAAUGGAGGACAGAAUUGUAACAAGUUGUUUGGGCUUCACCCUGACAGAGUUUCUUAGAAUUUAACAAGACUUUAUUAUUACCGUUAAAUUUGUAUUAAGGCUAUUUGGAUUACUUUCAUCAGCUUUUAUUUUAAUGUAACAUGGGCUGAUCAUUUCUGGAAUGUUUUCAGUCUUUUGAGCAAUUGAAGCAAGGGUGAUUAAAUAUGGUUAAGGUAAUAGACAGUAUCAGGGUAGUGCAAGUCAGCACGUAUAUUGAUUAGACCCGCAUCUUGGCAAAGGAAAUAUAGUGUAAAGUUACCAUGUAAAUGUUUUAUAGAAUAAUGGCAUCCUUUUCAUUUUGUAUAUUGCAAUACUUCAUCCAAUGUGGCUACAUUAAGUAAGCAACCUUAGGCAUAGAUCUGUGCAUAUUAAACAUAGAUAUUUCUAAAUUCCUUUAUUUGUAAUCACACUAGAUAAGGCGAAUCACUUUGGGGACUGCAUAAUUGCAAAUUAACAACUUGACUUUAUGAAUAACAUUUGUGUAGCACAGCUCCAUUUUUGUGAACAAAGUUUAACAGCUUCUUCCUAGUUGAUUGAACAUUGCUAUGUUGCACUUUUAAAACAAUUACCUGUAUUUUUGCAAAUAUGAUCCUGAGUUAGAACUUUUCAUGUUAAAUCUUUGUUAGAAAAUAUGUCCGCUAUAUUAAUUUUGGUAUAAAUCCAACAGGUCUGCAGCUAAAUCUGCUUCAUCGUUGCUGGCCCCUGGUCAAGUGACGAAAGUGAGUCGAAACCGGGCUGUUUCAUGUCUGAAACAGGCCACACUGUUUUGACACCAGAUUUGGCAGUAUUAUGGGGAAAUUGCUUUGAGAUGGCAUUCUGGUUCAGGUUUUCAUUGAAGCAAGCUACAUUUUUGUUUCUCUUUAAAUCUUUGAUAAAUUCUGAAACUUUAAGAAAAUAUUUGAUAAAAAACAAAGUUUCAAAGUGAAUAACAUUUCUUUUGUGACUGUCAUAUUAUUUUCUACAAAAUUGGAGCAGUUUGGCAUUUAUUUUGAAAUAGAAAUAUUGAUUUAAUGAAAUUGGUACUUUCUGAAUAUGCAGACAUAUAGAGCUGGAGGGGGUAUUACCGAACACUUAAACGCCCCAAUUCGUAAUGUUCGGUAAAACAAGCAAUAUCGCAAAAUUUUACAGAACGUGUUAUCUAGGCUUUUUAAAGUAAAAACUGUCUAUGUGCGACUUAAAUAGGCGGAGAUAGUGCAUUAUGAAACUAUAUACCAUAUUGAUGGUAUUACCGAACAAGGAUUGUAAUUCCGAACAGAUGAGUGUGCUUUUCUGACCACUUUCAUGUUUUUAAAAAAUAACAUAUUUUCGACCUGAAAGAAAUACAUUCAACUUUAUUUCCAUGCUAGCAUACAUAACUUGUUUUCUUUUCAAUUAAAACAUUUAACAAAUCAAUUAGUUUUUGUGUUUUAACAAUUAAACUGCAUGCCUGAUAAUACAUGUACAAUAUAUUUUGCAUUCAAACAGCAGUCCAUCGACAUUUAAGUAAUCAUCUGCAACACAAUCAAUAUGAAACCUACGCAAGCAAAGCACACACUCGAUAAAAUCGGUAUCAUAUGCCUUUUCACAGGUGUAGCACUUGUUUCUAUUGAUAUUUAAUGCAUCGUCGGAUCCGACGUCAGACUCCUAAUGACUUAAGCAAUCUCUCCCGCAUUUCGCGUUUCUUUUGUUUAUCUUCGGCCCUCUUCCUACAUGUACGUUUCGCUUCAGCUUUCCUUUUAGCCUCUUCCUUUUCUUUGAUCUUAAGUUUGUGUAUCCUUUCUGUCUUCCUUCUUGCCUUUUUUGCUUUUCCUCUUCUUUUUGUGCCCGUUUUUCCUCCAUCAGUUUCCUAUAUGCGGAUCCGGUGAUCGCUUUAGGCAUACUUAUCUUCCUUGAUACUUUAGAUUUACCGUCUGAUGAUUUGGGUGCCAGCUUUACCAAGUGUUUGAAAAUUGGAGACGCAUUUGCAUUUGCAUUAGCCUGUUCUGUCUGCUGCUCUGUCUCUUUGGGCACGGUUGUAUCCCCAUUUACAGGUGUUUGACUCAGAUUCUUCAAAAACGGUAGGCUCAGGCUCGUUUUCCAUCGUAUUAACAUUUGUUCACCUUUCAGGCUCAGAAACGGUGCUCUGUUGUGUCAUUAGAAAUUGAUUUCUCAAGACUGCCAAAUAUCUUGCUUGGUUCCAAUUUUACGGAUUUGGCAACAACAUCAGGAUCCAAUGGAAACAAUCCAGCUUCUUGAAAUCCCUGUCCAAGCUUUCUUGAACAUGCGCGCUUUGUCACGUACAUACCUACGUUUUCUGACUGCCAGUCCCUUACCGCUUGUCUCCAUGACUUCUUAAGUGAGCUGAAGAGCCUUAAGUCAAGGGGCUGGAGGACAUGGGACGCAUGUUCAAGAAGACAGUACAACUCAAUUCCAUUCUGCAGACAAAUAUCUGACGCUUCGAUUGUAACAAGAGUGACAUGGCCGUCAAUUAACAGUAACAUCGGUUCCUUGAGGUGUCGCUGUUCAAUUGCUGGAAUAAAGACAUUCUCGAGCCAAUGGCAAAAGACUUCAGAGUCCAUCCAACCUGACUCUGAUCAACCCAAAGCCGCUUCUUAGAAGCCUUCAAGAGGAUUGUAGGAAAAUCGUUGUCCUGGAAAAAUGAUCAUUGGUGGUACAUAAUGCCCUGUUGCUCUACAUGCAGCCAUUACUGUUAGCUGAGUCUUAUCGGAGUUCCCAUAAUGGUAUACUACCGGUGCCCCUUUGAAUUCAAUAACCUGACUUCCUUUCAUACAAAGACUUACGCCAGUUUCAUCUGCAUUGUUUAUUCUUGAUGGAUCAGACAGAAGUUCCGUAUCGCCUAGCUCGAUUUCGAUAUAUGCUCGAAAAUUUUCAAACCAUUUGUUGAUCUUUCAGCUGUGAUGAUAGCUAGCUCCUUACCGAGUCGAAAUGUUGUACACAGUGACAAUUUUGGAUGCCUCUUAAAGAAAACUGAUAGCCAAUCCUUACUGGGCUUGUUAUCCUCAAAGGGGUUAGGCCUCCCAUCAUCGUCAAGUAUUUUCUUAACAGUGUUUGCUAGUUCCUGACGUGUGCGCCCAUAACCAAUACGCGCCAUAUGAACUGCCCAGUCAGCAAUGCAUGACUUCUCAUGCUCACUUAGAACAGGUUUAUGACCACCAUACUAAUAAUGAACAGCAUUGUGUUUCGGCACCCGUAUGUCUUUGCUGCCUUAUUCAAACUGAUUGACUUUGCCCGCACCUAGCCAGCCGCUUCUUCCAAAAUACUUGAGGAGUACUUUUGCCAUUUUAGCCCAAUUUGUCGACUCAUUUUCUAAAAAAGAGAGACAUAUCUUAAUACAAUGGUUAAAGCCCAGUAAAAUGGAUGAAUUGGUAUGUUAAAAUAUGUAUUGAAGUAAUGGUUUUAUAGCUUUAACGUCAUUGAGAGAAUGUAAUGCUUCGAAAUAUAAUAACACUUGAAUGAAUUUUAUGUGUUUGGAAAUAGAAGAACAAUCUUGACAAGAUGUGCCUAUUUCCGACCACCCGCAUAACUUUUCUUCUAACAUAAGACACUUAUGCUUUUAGUUAUCUACCUUACUUCCACACGUGAUUUAAUGGCAAAACUAUGUAAAACCUAAAACAUGACCAACAGAUAUGUAGUACAUGCCCUUAUGACCUCAUGGGCCUAAAAGUACAAAAUUCAUAUGAGACACUCAUCGCCCAAAUCUUUAAAUUCUUCAAAAUCGGCGAGUUUACAAUCUAGCGUCUUCUAAGAAUGGCUGAUCGAUUGGAAAAGGAUAUGAUGUCAGUCAUUAUGUCAUCAAUGGCUUAUUUGAUAUUUAUUUGCAUAUUAGAUCAACUUAAAAGAAGUGGUCGGAAAUACAAGCAUGUUUGGUAAUACCUGCUCCCGUUCUAUAUUUAUUUGAGAUACUCUACCAAAACAUUGGCUGCACAUUUGUAAAAGAUAAUCAUUGCCAAACACUCCCAACAUAUUACAAGUUGUAAUUUUAUUUCACUCAAUAACUUAAGGUAGGGUAAAGGUUUACUGAAUCAAUUUGUUGUGGCCUAAGUUAUAAAAAAUAUGAUUAAUAUUAUUAUUCAUUCAUACAAUUAGAAACUACUAAUUUUCAUAUCACAAAAAUAAUAAUGGUAACACUAUUUUUAAAAAGUUUGAAAUGCUUACAUAGAAUCUAAGUAAAAAGGUAAUCAGUAAGUUCUUGUUUAUGCCUCACCCAUUUAUUGAUCCAAAUGCAAUCCCAAGGUACAUUUUCACAUAUGCUUGCUACAUACCAAGUUCCAUCACUGAUGAACGACACAUUGAUUUUAUCGCGAUCCGCUAGACUAGAUUUGUUCCGUAACAGAAAACAAACACAUUUUAUUCAACAAAAUGGACAUUUCGAAAACGAAUUUUAGACAUUCCUAGCUGAGAAUUACGGACACUACGGACCAUGGACAUUACGGACCAGACACUACGGACCAUGAUUUAAACACAUUUUUUUUAAUUAUUCACUCAUGAGUUUUUAAUUUGUUAAUAAAUACUUGAAUAUGA